AUGUUUUUCCAGAUCCAACUUCCAUCGACCUCACUCAAUUAGAUGGUUCAUCUGCUGUGUUGCAAUGGUCCUUUGACCUUAACAGGACUGAACAUGUUCAUGUUAAGGCAUAUAACAUUCUAUAUUAUCGUUCUGAUGUCCCGUCGCAAGUUAAACGAAUGACCAUGGUAUCUCGUAAUAAUGGGAAACAAGGAGUACGCUUCAGUAACCUGAGUCCAAACACUCGUUAUGUAAUGAAAAUUCGGGCUGUUAGUGUGGCUGGUGAAGGACCGUGGAUUUCAAGAAGUCUGACAAUUUUGCCUUAUGUUCGUCCAGUGAUAAACGUCAGGCCGACUGAUCAAAMAGUUUUCGAGGWAUCUACUGUCAGCUUACCAUGUGARGCUUYAGGUUUUCCCGCGCCAAAUAUCACGUGGUUAUUCAAUGAUGAUCCAAUCCCAUGGGAGCAUUCAAUAAAGAACAAUUCUUUGAUCCUAAACAAUGUUAAACAUGGAAGACAUGAUGGUCGAUAUACUUGUGUAGCUACCAGCAAGGCCGGUACAGUGUUCACUUCUGCAUCACUUCUCGUUCAUGAGAUUCCUCCUGCGCCAUUAUCGAUAAACAUCACCCAAAGUGGCCAUACAUCUGCUGUGAUGCAGUGGUCCUCAGCCCACCAGAACAACAGCCGUAAUCCUGUGAAAUCCUACGAAAUCUUAUAUUAUCCUUCUGGUGUUCAGCCGCAAGUUAAACGAAUGACCAUGUUAUCUCGUUAUAAUGGAAAACAAGGAGUACGCUUUAGUAACCUGAGUCCAAAUACACGUUAUAAAGUGAAACUUCGGGCUGUUAGUGUUUUUGGUGAAGGACCGUGGAUUUCAAGAAGUCUGACAAUUUUGCCUUAUGUUGGUCCAGUGAACAACAUCAAACCUACUGAUCAAAGAAAGCAACAAGGAUCUGAUGUCAUCUUUCGACUCAAAACUACAGGGUUCCCAUCACCAGCUAUCAAGUGGCUAUUCAACGAUGGGCCCAUCCCAUGGAAUCAUUCUAUUGAUAGCUUUGGGUCUUUAAUCAUAAAGGAUGUUAGACGUGGAAAGCAUGAUGGCCGAUAUACUUUUGUGGCUACCAAUGAUGUUGGGUCUAUUUCUACUUCUGCAACACUUUUUGUUUAUGGUAAGAAUAUAGACGUCAAGCCGACUGAUCAAAAAUUGUUCGAAGGAUCUACUGUCAUCUUGCCAUGUGAGGCUUCAGGUUUUCCCGCGCCAAAUAUCACGUGGUUAUUCAAUAAUGAUCCAAUCCCAUGGGAACAUUCAAUAGAGAACGAAUCCUUGGUCCUGAACAAUGUUAGACAUGAAAGACAUGAUGGGCGAUAUACUUGUGUAGCUACCAACAAGGCCGAAGCAGUGUCUACUUCUGUAUCACUUAUUGUUUAUGUAAAAUUGUUUGCUCAUGCAUUAUCCAGAGGGUACAUAUUUUCUCUGACAAGUCAAAGUGCCAAGCUCAGUUGUUCUGGGAGUGGCUAUCCUUUACCAAUUGUAUCAUGGACAAAGAAUGGGUUGCCUGUGUCGUUGAAUCAAAGAGACAGUGUUAUCAACGACACCUUCAUCGAAAGCCGUCUAAACUUGGGCAAACUCACAAUUGAGAAAGCAGGACGAUACUCUUGUAAUGUAGAAAAUGGAGUGCAAGAGCCGAUAAACGUUGCCAUGGAAAUACUGAUUCGUCCAGUGAUAAACGUCACGCCGACUGAUCAAAAAGUGUUCGAGGGAUCAACUGUCAUCUUGCCAUGUGAACCUGCAGGUUUUCCCGUGCCAAAUAUCACGUGGUUAUUCAAUGAUAAUCCAAUCCCAUGGAAGCAUUCAAUAGAGAACGAAUCUUUGGUCCUAAACAAUGUAAGGCAUGGAAGUCAUGAUGGGCGAUAUACUUGUGUAGCUACCAGCAAGGCCGGUACAGUGUCUACUUCUGCAUCACUUCUUGUUUAUGUUCGAAUAGCAGCUGUUGCACUAUCCAGAGAGUACAUAUUUUCUCUCACAACCCAAAGAGCAAAACUCAGUUGUUAUGGGUGUGGCUAUCCUCUACCAAACAUAACGUGGACGAAGAAUGGGCUCCCUGUGUCACUGAAUCAAACAGACAGUGCUAUCAACCAAACCUUUAUUGAAAGUAGACUAAACCUGGGCAACCUGACAAUUGACAAGGCAGGACGGUACUUUUGUCACGUGGGUAAUGAUGUGUAUCGUCAGGAGCCGAUAAGCGUUGCUAUAGACGUCUUUCUUCGUCCAGUGAUAAACGUCAAGCCGACUGAUCAAAAAGUGUUCGAAGGAUCUGCUGUCAUCUUCCCAUGUGAAGCUUCAGGUUUUCCCGCGCCAAAUAUCACGUGGUUAUUCAAUGAUGAUCCAUUUCUAUGGGAACAUUCAAUGGAGAACAAUUCUUUGGUCCUAAACAAUGUUAGACGUGGAAGACAUCAUGAUGGUCGAUAUACUUGUGUAGCUACCAGCAAGGCCGGUAGAGUGUCUACCUCUGCAUCACUUUUUGUUUAUGUAAAGGUCACCGCGUAUGUACCAAAAGACCAAUACAUCUUACAUUUGAGUGGUGAAGGUUCCAACCACACAAGGAAAAUUGCCUUCCUUACCUGUUCUGGACGUGGGCUUCCUCUUCCAAAUAUCACAUGGACCAAAGAUGGUUUUCCUGUGUCAUUGAGUCAAACAGACAGCGCUAUUAAUGAAACUUUCAUGGAAAGCCGAUUAAAUUUUAGUUUCCCAGCAUACGAGAAGGCUGGCAACUACUCUUGUAACGUUGCAAAUGGGAUGUCUGGUCAAAGUGCAUCAAAGGUUAUAGAGGUUCUGUGUCACCUGAGCCAUGAAGACAAUCUAACAAUAGCCGAGAAAAAUGAGCUUGAAGCUAAACAUCCUGCAACACCAAAGCCUUGCUCAUCUGGAUGGUCAGAGGGUGCAAGUUCCUGUUAUCGUAUUGUCACCACCCGUACGGCAAAGUGGGACGACGCUCGUCGAUCCUGUAUAUCUAUGGGUGGUUACCUAGUGAAGAUCAAUUCGGAGGAAGAGAACAGCUAUGUGACAAAGUUGUCAUUUGAUGCUAGUUCAACGGAUAUGUUGUGGAUCGGACUGUCGAAAAUCAGCACAGAUGAUUUCCGGUGGACAGAUGGUACAAGUUUGUCAGGCCGAUAUUCAAAAUGGGAUAAAAGAGAACCAAACAAUGCUGUAGGCAACGAGAACUGUGUUCAUCUUUAUGUUCAUGACAGCCGUGCACCUUAUUGGAACGAUCAUAUCUGCAAUUAUCCGGACGGGAAACCCAUUUAUGCUUGCGAAAGGGGAAAACGCAACUAA